CAAAGCGCAUGAAAUAAUCAUCUUAAAUACAGCUACCGCUAGUCGUCUCUUCUCAACCAGCAUGCUCGAUCUUCUCACCGCCUACACGAGCUCUCCGGCAACAGGCCUGCAGCACCUUGCCCUGCCUCGGGAAACACUGCUGGCGAGUCUACCCGCCAUCACGUCCCCGCGCUGCAAACUGAGAUAAUAACUCCUGAAGCUUCAUCCCUCCCUCGAUUCUAUCAUCAUUCGGAAUGCAAGAACGCUUAUUUUCAUGCAGGCCCUCGCGUUCUGGGAAGCAUUUCCAGGUACAUUGCACGGAAAUGAAGCUAUACGCUGUCUUGCCGUCGAUCCAGGCAUGAAGCUUAUCGUAGCCACGAUGGGCGUGCGUUUGGCGACAUGGGCCUUGUCUGGUGUGCGAGGUGAUACAUGGCGCGUGCACUCGACGCUGGUCUUGCCUGAGGGAGGCCCUGUGAUUGCAAUAGAUUGCAAGUCAGGGUUGCUUGCUAUCAGCACUACCAGUUCUCUCUCAGUCUACACACUUAUCCUUGAGAACGACCUCCCAACGUGGUCUAACAAAUGGACUUUAUCCAUAUCAGGACUGUCACGCUUGCGAUUAUCCCCAUCUCUUAUGUACAUUGCGAGCACAUCUACGCUGGAUAAUGUCGUUCGUGUGUAUUUGACCACAAGUGGAAAGCAGACGCAGCAAAUACGACACCCAAGACCGGUAAUAGAUAUGAACUGGAGACGUUCGCCAGCUUCCAGUCGAGACGAUCUGACACUGUAUACCAUAACUUUAGACGCUACCCUAAGAGUUUAUCUCCCAGUCAUCGACGCCCCUCACCGAAUGCAUCUUCAUGCAUCUUUAGAUGUGUACUCUGCCACACCAUCUUCCAUAGCCUCUCACGCUACGAGCUCCCGCAUCUUCUGGCUUGAUCGAGAAGUCAUGUCCGAGGCACUCGUUGCCGCCUUAUCUAAAAUCAAACCAGAACAAGAAGAUGGGCGGGGCAGACGGGUGAGCGAGAUUCAGGAGGAGGGCUGGGAUCUCUUCCUGCGCGUAUUUUCAGACGGCUCGCUUGUCGUGCAGGCUGUAGCUAAUAUUGAUCGACGUCCUCCAACACUCCUAAAACAAUUCACUUUGCUGCACUCUGCUCCUUCUACUCUUCCCAGUAUUCCCGACCAUCUGUAUCUCCUACCAAACCCUGCCGAUUGUGGAACGCCCAGCCUGGUCACCUCCGCGCCGCUCAUGUCGCAUAAGCUCGACCCACUACCAUUCUUCGAUGCCUGUUCCGACGGUCUUGCGCUACAGGGCAACGUUCAAGAUGUGCGAAGUAGGCACAGCUCUGCGCUUCCUCGUCGAAUAUCACGAUUUGUGCGCACUCCGGAUGGAGAAGGGCUGGGUAUACUCAGACAGGAUGGCACUGCAGAGGUGUGGAAGACGAGUCCUGGUGCACGAAGGGUCUUCUUGCAUGCCGCGGUUACUGAUAGUAUAGAACCAAUCACUAUUAUGGCUGUAUUGCAAGGUGGCCAAUACUUCGCGACCUACUCCAAUUCCUCACGUACUGUGACCUUGCAAUCGGCACAUGCUUUGAAAUCGUCUUCUGUAGAGGUUCCUCCGAUAAUGUCGCUCUUUCCGCUGCCAUCGUCUGAAGGAUUGUCGGCCUCGUUCAUCGCCAUUACCGAGACGCAUACAAUAUUGAUCUUCAAUGCGUUUCUUCCUGAGCCCUCGUCGAUGCCUUCGGAGAACCCCGCCAUCUCACUCUCGUUGCACUCCGAGACCUCUCUGCCGCUCACGCUCCGUCUCAAGACCCUCGUUCCUGUGGAUCCCAUGGCAUGGUCGAAUCCAGACCGGAUGAAGACUUUCGUUGGUUCACAUGACGCACUGCUCAGUGUUAGUGAGAGCGGAGAGCUUGCUUUCUGGAUACCGGAUGUCUCUUCGAAACCCGCGACGUGGAGAUGCACGGGACAUGUGAGAACAAGGAGAACGAACAUUCUCAUGGCCGCGUGCAGUUCAGCGAAGAAGACAAUCCUUGUGUGCAAGACUAGUGAAGGGCAGGAAGUCACUAUUUGGAACUCAACAGAGUCUGAGUUCGCCACAGGGCUGGAAUAUCGUCGGGUGUACGGCUCUUCGGAUCCCAUCCUCGACUUAGAUUGGACUGCUACGCCGGAUGGUCAGUCGAUCCUUGCCGUCGGAUAUGCGCAUCGAGUAGAGCUGCUCUGCCAACAACGUAUGACCUACUUCGAUGAUACCCCUGGCUGGGGCAUAUGCUGGAAGAUCGAUUUAACUAAUACCAUUCCACACCAAAUCAAUGAUUCGAUAUGGCUCAAGGGCGGCUCGCUGCUGGUCGGUACUGGCCAUCUGAUGUCUCUAUAUGGCCAAGUGCCUUCGAUAGCUGACAGCCGUGAGGAAAGCUUAUUCGAGCACGUGGCACGCCACAAUGGACCUUUGGACGAGUAUCAUCCACAGAUGAUACUGCAAUGUUUAUUGUGGGAGAAGGUGGAACUGGUCAAGAAUAUCGUUAUCAAUCUAGCUAAGAACAUCAGGUGGACAAGGGAUACUUACGAAUGGAAAACAUUACCUACCGAGGAGUUCCUGAAGAAGGACGAGACUGCAAGAGCAAUCCAUGCCUCAUCUAAACCUCGUUACUCCAGCCUCUUCACUGUGCCUGAGACAGCGGACGAGUCCGAUGCAGAGCAAUUCUCUUCUGACCUUGUUCAGAAGCUCGUUGAGCGGCUGGAAGAGGAACCGCUACCGCAUCUUACGCCAAAUGAGAAAGAUGCCCUCAUAGUACUCAUGCAAGCCACAUUGGAGAUUGAACGACAACGCCGCGCGUUAGAUUCCAAUGGUUUGCGCUAUUUGAUCUCAAUGCGCGUCUUUUACAUCUUCAAUCGGCGUCUGUCGUCUCCAAGUUCUCCCAGUUCAAAUGGGACACUGUCUGGCCGGACGCACAAACGCGAAAGGCUGCGAUACCGAGACAUGCUGUGGGCUUUCCAUAGUGAAAGUCAAGGGCUCCUACUGUCAACCUCCGUAGCGUCGUGCGAAGGUCAGAAAAUGCGCUGGUCAGACGCAAGAGCUUUGGGCGUGUAUAUCUGGCUACGGUCAAUAGAAACAAUGAAAGCUCACAUGGAAGUGAUAGCGCGCAAUCAAUACAUGGCUGGCGACAACCGUGACCCGACGGAAUGUAGUCUAUUCUACUUUGCACUCGGCAAGGCCAAGCUGGUCCACGGGCUUUGGCGACAGGCAUCAUGGCAUAAGGAACAGAACCCUAUGCUCAAGUUCCUCAAUAAUGACUUCUCGCAGCCUCGCUGGAGAACGGCCGCGUUGAAGAACGCAUUCGCUCUUCUGAGCAAACGGAGAUUUGAAUACGCCGCAGCAUUCUUCCUACUCGGCGACAGUCUGAAGGAUGCCGUCAACGUGUGCUUGAGGAAUCUUCAGGAUUUUCAACUGGCUAUCGCACUUGCCAGGGUAGUCGAAGGUAGCGACAACGGUCCGGUCCUCAGAAGCAUUCUCGAGUCUGCUGUCAUUCCAACAGCGUUCAGAGAAGGCAAUCGCUGGCUGGCAAGUUGGGCGUUCUGGAUGUUACACCGCAGAGAUCUUGCGGUUCGGAUACUUAUAACCCCACUAAGCGAUAUGGCUAACGUAUGGACGGGUAUCACUGAAAUCGGCGAGUCGCACUACGACGACCCAAGCCUCGCACUGUUGUUCUCUCAGCUCAAGUUGAAGACCUUGCAGACGGCGAAGGGCACUAGCGAAGUGUCUGGACGUACGGAAUUCAACUUUGUCUUACAGAUUGCCCGCGUAUUCUGCAGGAUGGGAUGCCACGCACUGGCACUUGAUCUCGUGAGAACGUGGUCGUUUGAGAGGCCGUCAACAGUGGUGCACGAUUCGCCAGUCAUCCGUCAUCCACCAAGUCCCAUCAUAGCACGCUUCGCUCUAGAACCGGGUAUGCGUCGGCAGUCUUCCAUCAUGAUCGACAUGGACAUCCCCACCGAACCGCCUACUCGCUCCGCUUCUCCCAUCCGCGGAUUGCCAAAUGGCGCCGGACCGUCUAGCGACGCGGAAGUCCUCGAGGAAAGCAACGGAGACCUGGUUGCUAGAAAGGCUGGUAUGGGACGACUGCUGAAGUCUGCAAAACAGGAUGUCCAAGUACCAGAGUUCGACAUGAAUGCCUUCUUUUAAUACACGACACUUCCUUACACGCCAAAAAUGUUCAUUCAUGUUUUUCCCCAAAAUCCAGAACACGCUGCAACCUCUAUGAACUGUGUGACUAUGAUUUAUCCGCUGUUUGUACAUGAUGGGGAUGAUUAAACUGGUACUGGAGAGUCAGAGAACGAAAGUAAGUGUUGUAGUGUGUAUGAGCUUAUGCCUCAACGUUGACCUCGCGCUUCUUCAAUACGAUAUCUUUGCCAAUCAUGCGCUUCCAGACAUCAUGGACAUCCUCAACGACGGUCUCGAAAUGGGAUGUCGCAUCGUAGGAGCGGGUGAUGAAUAUGCCGUCCUCGGCACCGGAUGUCGCCGGUGUAAACACUGGGCUGACAGUGACGAACCUGAAGAAGGUAACCAUCAGUUCUGCAUAUCGAUAACUGCGAAAUGAUCGACUUACUUGUCGUGAAUCGUUCCGAGGAGCUGGAGGCCCGGCUGGAUUUCAAGCUCUGGCUUGUCAGUCUCGACAAUGGUGGAGACAAUCGCGAUGUAGAUGUCCUUGGCACAGACAUUGUGCGUCGACGAGACCAUGGCAAUGUAGAUGUCUACCGCGAUCGUUCAGC